ACCUUCAUCAAUAACCAUGGGCUCCACCAACGUCUACAGCGACGAAGAGAUCAACGUCCUGAUCACCGGCUUCGGUCCCUUCAAAAAAGAAUACCCCCUCAACCCCUCCUGGGAAAUCGCCUCCCGCCUCCCCGCCAUCCUCCCUCCUUUGCGCGCGAAACAGCCCUCCACGCAAAAACCGCCCUUGAUUCCUCGCGUCAACUUGCACGUCCACCCGGACCCCAUCCGCGUCUCUUAUAAAGCCGUCCGCGCACUCAUCCCCAAACUUUGGGCUCCCACUUUUGAUUCUUCCUCCUCUUCCUCUUCCCCUUCUUCCACCACCACCGCCUUAGCAGAACCCACCUCCGAAGCCCCCUUUUCCGAACAAGACGCCGCCGCCGCCGCCGCCGCCAUCACCACAACUGAAGAAGAGAAACCCACGACGAAAUACGACUUUGCCAUCCACAUAGGCAUGGCCGGCCCCCAACCGCGAUGGGCCAUCGAACGCCUGGCGCACCGCGACGGGUACGCCUUGCGGGACGUGGACGGCGAGUUUUUGCGCGACAAGGAAAAUCAGUUGAAAGACGAUUGGGUGUGGAAGGGGUGCCCUACUGAACUGCGGACGGAUUUGGAUUUGGAUGUGAUUUUGGAAAAGUGGAGGGGGUAUGCGCCGCCUGGACUUGUAGCUGGGACCCAGAAUGGUGGGGGAGAUGAAGAUGAAAAAGAAGGAGAAGCAAAGAGAGAGGGGGGUAAGGGGGGAGGAGGAGGAGGAGGAGGAGGAGGAGGAGGAGGAGCAAAGUGGUAUGGCAAUGAUAUCAAGAGCGGCAGUAAGGGAGAAAAGCUGGUGAUCAGUGAAGAUCCCGGAAGGUAUCUUUGCGAUUUCAUUUACUAUAGUAGUUUGGCGGAGCUGUAUAAGCGCAAGGCGGAGAAAAAGGUGGUGUUUUUGCAUGUGCCGUGUGAGGUGGGCAAGGAUGGGGAGUAUGUGCGGAUUGGACAGGAGCUGAUGUUGGGGUUGGCGAGGAGUGUGGCGGAGUGGUUGGUGGAGGAGAGGAAGAGGAAGGGGGAUUUGUGA